CUCAGCCGCCGCCCCCCACGCCAUGAGCUUCCCCGCAUCGAGGAUUUUCUUCCAAUGCGACCUCUUCCCUGAAGAAUUUUCGAUCGUCAUAACCUUGAAAGUUCCCAAUCUUCCCCCUAAGGUCAGUGAUGCUUUUUACUCAUGUUCCUUUGUGAUGUCCUCACUGCCCCCGCGUACAGCGGGCACGGCCACCCCAGACUGUGGCCAGGCUCCAGCCAGAGGCUCCUACGAUCCAGCUAAUAUUCCCAUCCCCCCACCAGGCUGGAAGCCCCCCGAGGUGAGGCCCCCAGGGGCCCGUUGCUGCUUCCCCGUGGGGCCCAGGACAGUGCACUUCAUAGUCUCUAGCAACGAUGUUCUGAGCAUGCUCUCCGUCUCUCUGCAGGGCCUGGUGAGGCAGCUGGUCUUACUGCCUGGCUCGGAUGCCACCCCAAGGCUCUGUCCCUGCAGGAGUCCCGAGCUGGCUGUGCUGUCCAUCCCCCCAGUCCUGCAGGGCCCCCCGGGGAAGCCAGAAGAUAAUGAGGUGCUAAAAUAUCCCUAUGAAACCGACCUGAAGGUGACUCUGGGGUCCCGGCCUCCGUGCACCAAAAUGGAGGAUGCCCAGUUCUGGUUUGAUGCCAGCCGGAAGGGGCUGUUCCUGUGUGUGGACAGCCAGUGGGUCUCCGUGUUAGCAGCCAAGGAGAAACUGGACUACGUGGAAGAACAUCAAAGCCUGUUCACCGACUCGGAGACGCUGGGCAUCGAGGUCUUUGCCAUCCCCGAGGCCGGGCUCUUCGUGGCAGCCGCCAACCGCAAAGCCACAUCCGCCAUCUACAAGUGGACCGAUGGGAAGUUCGCCUCCUACCAGAACAUUCCCACGCACCAGGCACAGUCCUGGAGACACUUCACCAUUGGGAAGAAGAUCUUCCUGGCUGUGGCUAAUUUUGAACCGAAUGAAAAGGGCCAGGAGUUCUCUGUCAUUUACAAAUGGAGCCAGAGGAAGCUGAGGUUCACACCGUACCAGAGGGUCCCCACCCACAGCGCCCGGGACUGGGAAGCCUUCGAGAUGGCCGGGGAGCACUUCCUGGCCGUGGCCAACCACAGGGAAGGUGAUAACCACAACAUCGACAGCGUCAUCUACAAGUGGAACCCGAGGACCCGACUCUUCGAGGCCAACCAGACCAUUGCCACCUCGGGCGCCUACGACUGGGAGUUCUUCACCGUGGGGCCCUACUCCUUCCUGGCGGUGGCCAACGCCUUCAACGGCACGUCCACCAAGGUGCACUCCCACCUGUACGUCUGGCUCCUUGGCUCCUUCCAGCUGUUCCAGGCCUUCCUGACGUUCGGCGCCGCGGACUGGGAGGUGUUUCACAUCGGAGAGAGGGUCUUCCUGGCUGUCGCCAACAGUCACAGCUACGACGUGGAAAUGGAAGCACGCAACGACUCCUACGUCAUCAACUCGGUCAUCUACGAGCUGAAUGUCACCGCGCAGACCUUCGUCAGGUUCCAGGAGAUUACCACCUGCAGCGCUCUGGACUGGGAGUUUUUCUCGGUGGGAGAAGAUUAUUUCCUGGUGGUCGCAAACUCCUUCGACGGAAACACCUUCCUGGUAAACAGUAUUAUUUACAGGUGGCAGGGGUAUGAAGGGUUCGUGGCCGUGCACAGCCUCCCGACCUUCGGCUGCAGAGACUGGGAGACCUUCCGCACCGCGGCGGGUUCCUACCUCGUCUACUCCAGCGCGAAGGAGCCCCGCUCCCGGGUGCUGAAGCUGAGGACGGGGUGAGGGCACCGGCGCCCCUCCCGGAGCCCUGGGAGAAGCCGGCCCUUUCUGGGCCCUGGCCCUCGUCCGGGGGGCCGUCCGUCCACCUCUCUGCCCCGGUGACCGUCGCGGCGGAUUUGGGGGCUCCGCGGGCGGUCGGGCCGGAGUCGGGUGCUGCCCUGCGAGCCCGGGCGGGCUGCCCGGGGUUCGCCUCAAGGGAGAAGUUCAUACAAAAUUUUACCUCAGAACCAGCGGGACCUCCCCACGGUCCUCCCAGCCCACCUGGGCGCGGGCACAGGCUUCACGCGGAUUCACGUAUCUCACACCGGCUAUUUAUUGUAUACUGUCUGUACAGAAAUAUAUUUAUGACGCUCUUUACCAAAGGCCUGAAGGCGUCUGCGUGUUUGUGGGGGGGACGGUUCACUCGGCCAGCGUGGUGGGACGUGCCCUCGGGUCCCGGGUCACCGAGCCGGAGGGCGCCCCUCCUCUGCAGGGACUCGCUGCCUCUUCUGGCCUCGGUUUAGCCAGGAAUGCGGCGGGGGUCGGUUUCGGGGAGGAACCAGCGG